GAGCCGCCGGCGCGACUGCUCGGUCCGGAUCGCUCGCUCCCGCUGCCACAGCAGCGGCUGGGGCGCCGCGUCGGGGCCGGGAGCGGGGCCAUGCUGGGCCGGCGGCGCGUCUUCGCUGUGGAGCCGCUCGGCGGCCGGGAUGGGGCUGGUGAGGACCAGGCACAAGGUUGUGUAGUGGCCAGAGUCACCAGCACCUACAGACGGAUCCCAGAUGCUGCUCAAGGGUGCUCGUCAGACUCCUGGAAGCGGGGUGGAGAGCUGAGAAGUCUCGGGAGGCAGAUACCGCUUCUCAAUCUGGCCUCCUGGGACUCAGGAGUGGAGAUGGUGGUUGGGGACAGCCCUCUGGCCACCUCACCGGGCCUUUCUCAGGACUCUCUGGACUUUGAGCCCAUGGGGAGUCCUGAGCCCCUGGCCCUUGCUGCCAUGACACCUCCUGCCCACCUAGGCCAGCUCUUGGCCAGCCAUAAGCUGGAGCAGGUCCUGGAGCAGUCCCGCCAGCUCCCGACUUCCCUUGCCAGCUUGUCACAACACCACCGCUCCCCGAAGCCACCAAGCAAGCCUGAGUGUGAAAUGCUCCUUUUUGGAGCAGAAGAUCAGGAGGCCACCAAGCCAGGAGCUGACCCAGGGUCAGGCCCAGAGGAAGCAGAGGUGGUGGGGAGCUUGGGGCCUGGAGCCUGGGCCUGCUGCCCAGGGCAGGGGCUUUGCUACCUGGAACACCUGUGCCAGGUGCUGGAGCAGAUGGCCAGGCUCCAGCAGCUCCACCUGCAGCUGCAGACCCAGAGGCCCCUUGGGGAUCCUGAAGAGGAGGAAGGGCUGGCCCUGGCCUCUUCACCUCCACCUUCUCGUGCCCCAGGCAGUGACGCACACAGGUCAUGGGAGCUGCUCAGCCAGACACAGGAGACAGGGGCAAAAGCAGCUUCCCCGCUAAAGGCAGGCGUGCCCAGCGUCAAGCCUCCCAGGCUGUCAGAGGCCCCAGCAGAGCCAGCUCACAUCUUUCCAUCCUCCCAGGGACACAAGCGGGAUCUCUCCCACUGGAACAAGGUCAAGGUCCUGCUCAACCCGAUCCGCUGGAGGAGCCCUCGACACCCUGAGCCCCCUGCCCCUCCUGCUGGCCCUGCCCCCAGGAUUGAGUCAAGAGACCUCCCUGAAAGGCCUCCGUACCAUCCCCUCCGGAAGACCUUUAUGCCAUCAUUAGUGGUUAAGAAGCAACGAGCAAAAAAUCUUUCCGUGUGCUGAGACCUCCUGGUGCAGGGACGUGACCCUGGGUGGAGGAGUGCCCUCUGCCCUAUUGCUGCUUCUGGACACUGGCGGGAAAAGCUGCUGAUGCUUUCCCUUCUCUCUGAGGCAAGGGCUGAGACUUUCUGCCCUGAGCUGCUUGGCAGAGGAGCCCUGGUUUCCUGAGGGCCCCAGCGUGCAGCAGCUCCCGGGCUCCUCCCUGGUUGCCAGAAAUCCCUGGGCUUAGGCAAUGUGAACCAACUUACUGAUCAGGCGUCCAUGGAGUGUGUUUGGCAUGGUGACCUGUUGGGGCCCACAUGUUGCAGAUGUGUAUUUGUGCAAAAGGAUGUCUCUCUCUCUCUGAGACCAUCAGCGCUGUGACCUGGCUGGAUCCAGUCAUCUCUCCUGAAUCAUUCACUCAAAAGGUUGGCCUUCUGGGGGAGGUCACUGCAGAAGGGUAAAACCUUCCUUCCUCAGUGGGGAGUUACUGCUCUGGAGGCCUGCUCUCCUCCACAUCCCUGCAUGGGCAGCCCCAGGACAGAGAAGGGCGCUAUCUUGUCUGCCUCAGCGUUGAGUCUUGCCC